ACAGAGCGGACUGUAACAUAUACUUCCAAGAACAACGGACAAUAACAUAGUAAACACAAAAUAACAACCUGGGCUGCUGCUGCUUCUUCUUCUUCUUCCUGUAUUCACCCUACGUACGACUCUGUUCACUAUCAUCCUCUUCCCCCCUUUACUUUACUUGUCGGAAUCUCACUCACCCCCUAGUCCCCUACAUAUAUACUAUCUUAUUUUUUCAGGCUUCCACACGCAGUAUCUGAAAUUCUCUGUGCUUACCAUUGAAGCUUACACGCUUCAUGGCUAGAAUAAAACCUCAAGCUCUGCUGCAACAGAGCAAAAAGAAGAAGGUGCCCGGUCGUAUUAGUGCCACUACAGUAGUUCUAUAUGGUCUGAUUGUACUUGUGAUGGUGUUUUUUCUGUUUGCAACGUUCAAGCACUGGACUAGGAGGUCAACAACUCACUUGGAGGAUGGCUUACCAAAUCUAACGCAUGAAGAUGCUUUUGUUGGUUCAAGUUCUGAUGUUCCCAGAUUUGCUAUUUUCAACACCUCAAAAGGUUCUAUAACUGUGGAACUUUACAAGGAAGGUUCACCUGGAGUUGUUGAUGAAUUUAUUGAGUCAUGCCAAAUGGGACACUUCAAAGGAAUGUCAUUUAAUCGUGUAAUUAAAAACUUUGUAAUUCAAGGAGGUGACCUAGAAAGUGGAGUGACAGAAGACUGGACAUCAAAGGGAAAGCACUACAAUCUUCUUGAUGAGAGACUAAAGCACGAGGCUUUUAUGCUUGGUACUUCAAAGGUGAAACAUGACAAAGAAGGGUUCGAACUAUUUAUUACAACUGCUCCAAUCCCGGAUCUUAAUGAGAAGCUCAAUGUCUUUGGGCGAGUUAUCAAGGGCGAAGAUGUUGUGCAGGAAAUUGAAGAGGUUGACACAGAUGAGCAUUAUCGACCCAAAUCCCCUAUAGGGAUCAUUAGUGUCACACUGAAACAUAGGAUAUAGCUCUGAUGUUUCAUGGGUCUUCGCCACCUUAGACUUGUAUAUUACACAUUAAUCUGACAAAGCAUUCUGCCAGAAUCUUUUCCCAUUCGCCUAUUGAAUUUGUCUGGGAUGAAGAAACAUGAAAGAGUUGUAGGAGAAGGGGGUUCUAGCUUGGCUGGAGGUUUUGUGCUUGUGUUGAAAAUAUCUGUUAAUUCUGUUUUAUACCUUCACAUACUUGAAGAUAAACUACUUGUACAAUUCAUUUCUGCGGAUUCAUGUGUACCUAAGGAGAGAAAAUGUAUCUUCAUCAGGCUUGUCCAUUA